AUGACGCGCGUGCUCCUCAUCGACAACUACGACUCGUUCACGUACAACCUCUUCCAGUACAUGGCCGAGCUCGGCGCCGACGUGACCGUCAUCCGCAACGACCACACGACCGCGGCCUUGCUCCUCGCCGAGUAUACGCGGGCGCCGACCUUUGACCGGAUCCUCAUCUCGCCCGGGCCCGGCUUCCCAAAGGACGCGGGUAUCUCGUGCGACGUGAUCCGGACCUUCCAGGGCAUCGUGCCCAUCGCCGGCGUCUGCCUCGGGCUCCAGUGCAUGUUUGAGGUCUACGGCGGCACGGUCGGCCACGCCGGCGAGAUCAUUCACGGCAAACAGUCCGACAUGGAGAACGAUGGAAAAGGCCUUUUCAAGAACGUCCCGUCGCCCUUCAAGGCCAUUCGCUACCACUCGCUCGUCGGUCUGCCAAGCACGCUGCCCGACGAGCUCGAGGUGACGGCCACGAUCGCGGGCAAGGACAUGAUCAUGGGCGUCCGGCACAAAAAGUACGCGGUCGAAGGCGUCCAGUUCCAUCCCGAGAGCAUCCUCACGCCGGACGGCAAGACGAUGAUUCAGAAUUUUCUGACCAUGGUCUAA